AUGGAUGACUUUCUGAGACCCCCACCGGUUACACAAGGACCACAUGGAGCUACCAUGCGGUCCAAAACAAUGAUGCCGACAUCACCGAUAUCCACAGAGGUAUCAGAGGCUUCGGAGCUGACGGGAUAUGAAGAGACCAUAGGGUGGAUGAGGGAGGAUCUGCACAUACUCACAGCAUCCUCAGUUACCGAGGCUGACUUCAUACCGCUGGUGGAAGACCUUAAAUCUACCAUCAGGUCAGAAGUGGCUGCUUUGAAAGCAGAGGUAACUACAUUGGACCACCCGGUACAGGCAUUGGAAAGUGCAAUACAGCAAUCACAAAAUCUACAUACUUCAGCAGAAACUGCAGCAACAAGGCAAGGAAAUAUGCUGUUGGGCCCAACAAUACUCGAGUACGCGGUUUACCUGAGACACCAGACGGAGAGGAGAUAG